AUGGGUGGCUGCUGCAAGGGAGAGCGGUGCCCAUUUUCGCAUGAACUGGUACAACGGGCGCCGAAAGGCGUCGAUGUGUCGGGCGGGUACUUCAUUAGCGGCAACGUUGCGAACUACAAGGCAGCCGCGUCCAGCACAGCAGCACCGUCGUCGUCGCGCAGCUUGGCCAGCCGGUGGGAUGAUCCAACCACAUCGAGCAGCACCGACGGCUUGUCGACACUCGUGUCGCCUUCCUCCUGCUGCGUGACGAUGGGCACGUCUCUGAGCGCCGAGGCGAAGGAGUGGGUCAGCGCUGACAGUGCAGCCGCCUCCCCCUCUGCCAACUCGGCCACUGCCUCUAUUACGCCCAUUCAAUCGCAGCGAGGUGCGACCUCCCCGAAUAUUUGCGCAAGGUUCAGCUCUCUUCGCUAUAGGUCAGCGGCCGCGCGUCGCACUGCCCACGCAGUGUCACCGCUACUGAUGCCGCAUGCUCAACGCAACUCGAAGCCUCAGCCCCAACAAGUUCAAACGCAACCGCAGCCGCAGAGCUUUCAGGAGAAACUGCCGUCGCCUCCAUUGCCACCAUCGUCACAACCACAUGAGCAGCACAAGCGUCAGUAUCAGCAACUUCCUCAACCACGCAGCGCCGCAAAUACCCUCUCCGCUCUCCUCUCCAAUCACUCGGAGAGCAGUGCCGCCGCAGAGGCACGCCCCACGUCCCCGGUACCCGCGCACCCCGCUGCCACCGCGCGCACCGUGCCUUUCAGGCAGUCAUCGAGCGACUCUGGAGCGCUCCCCAUAGCUACCCUCGCCUCCUUCAAUGCGCCGUGCGCCUCCACGGCCGUCCUUUCGGCGACGCCGUCCAGUGCCACGCUGCAGCCAAGCAAUGUAGCAUUUCUUCGUCGUCACGAUGAUCAGACGCCACCCGCCGCCGCGGCCCAGAGUUUCACUUCUUCCCACACCGCCACCAUUCUAGCUACGGCCACUCCGACCCCCGCUCACGGCAGCCGCCGCACGGCGACAAGGGGACAGCAUGUGGAGAGUCCAUUACCCCGCACUCGCGAGGCUCUGGAAACCGGUGCGGAGCACCAUGCUGCUACAGUUGCAAAUGCUCGCACUCUGCAGAGCACGGCUGCACUUGCCGCGGUGGCAGCUCCAAAAUCAUCCCCCCACUAUGAAGUGCGGACUGUAUCCUCCGCUCAAACUCGCGUGAUGCCGCCGGCUCCUCGCUCGCAACAGCAGCAGGCGGCGCACCAGGCCCAACAACACGCCCAGCUGCAACAGCGACAACAGGAGACUCAGCCUCAGAAGCAGCAGCAGACGGUGUACAUGGUGACCACCUCGCGUCCACCUGCUACUACACCCUGGCAAGGGAGUCUCGCUGCGCCUGCUCAGCUUCCACUUGGUUACACCCUCGCCUACGCUAUCCCCGCAUCCACAUCGACCGCUCCCAUGACCACCCCUAUCCUCAUCUCGGAGCAGCCGAGUACUGCGCGUCCCGCUUACACGCUACUCUCCUCGUGCCCGCCGCAGUCGCAGCUACAAAGCUUUCGGACGACAACGGGGACAGUGCUGUAUGCGGCACCGGUACAGACGCUUCCCCAGGCUGCGGCACCUAGCGAAAGCGAGGCCCCUCGUCUGGUACUUGCCAAUAUCGACGGCAUUUUCACUAUCCUGUAA